AUAGCGAAAUCAACUUUCUUUUCUCAGACAGGGUUUCGGGUUCAUUCGGCGGAAGCCCUUUCUGGUGUCCAAGACGACAAGCCGCCCAAGCUGAAAGGUUGGCCAUGCGACGCCGCCGCCCAGUUGGAUUCUCGAACAGCCUGGAACAAGGAACAGCGUGUGAUCACUGCUCUUCGUAACACGGAAGGUGAUCAUGACGAAAACGAAGAUGGCGGACGGAGAUCAGCCCGUGGACCGAAAGCUGGUGGCCGUGGGCGACGGCAGCUGCGGCAAGACCUGCCUCCUCAUCAGUUACUGCAGCGAGGAAUUCCCCACCAGCUACGUGCCCACCGUCUUCGAGACGUACAGCUCAAUCGUACAGUGGUGCCAACAAAGGGUGCGGCUUUCGCUCUGGGACACCGCGGGCGAGGAGGACUACGACCGACUCAGGCCCCUGUCGUACUCCCAGGCCAGCGCGGUCCUGGUGUGCUUCGCGCUGGACAACCGGGACAGCUUCGUCAACGUCGAGUUCAAGUGGGAGCCAGAGAUCCGGCACUACCUGCCCAAGGUGCCCAUCGUGCUCGUGGGAAACAAGCUGGAUCUGAGGGAGAGCCACAUGGUGCCCGAGGUCCGGCCCCGCAACUACAAGCCACCGGUGUCGACUCGAGAAGGCCGGUCCCUUGCCGAGCGGAUACGGGCCUCGGCUUACGUCGAGUGCUCCGCCCUCACGCGGCAGAAUAUUCCUGAGGUCUUCGACGCCGCCAUCAAGGCGUCCUUGCAAAGCGUAAAGUACAAGAAGACUUUGCGGUGCACUCUUUUAUAGCUACAAACGAAGAAGCGGAAAACAUGUAAUUCAGCGCCUCGAGAUUCAUCGACAUCUUCACGCAUACUCCAUUGAUCACUCGAGAGCUCUCCUCUCGAUCCAUGACAUAGAGAAUAAAUCAUUAAUCAAG